UCAAGUCCUCUCAAGAAUAGCACUUGAAAAAAAAUUAAAAUUAGUCCAUUAUUUUCACGUUCUCUUUGAUGUCUAUUUCAGUUCUUACGGCUACCCACUACUCUCCUUCCUUUUAACUACCACUCGCCAACGCCCUUCUUUGAACCUCAUAUCUCUUUCUCUAUCUCUAUCUCUAUGACUCUAUCUUUUUCUUUCUUUCUCUCUUUCUCUCUCGAUCAAUAUUUAUUAUAAUUUCUUAUUUCUUUUUCAUCGUACAAUUGUGUUUUGAUUUCUUAACAGAAUCGACCUUGGAAUCCAAACCUACUUCUUCUCAACAACAACAUCAUGAACAAGUUACAGGACUGGCCAGAGCCUAUUGUUCGAGUUCAAUCGUUAUCCGAGAGUUGCUUAAAUAAAAUUCCAGAGCGAUACAUCAAGCCUUCAACUGAGAGGCCGUCGUUCUCUUCGGAGAAUAAUAAUAUUGACCACAAUGUUAAUAUUCCAAUCAUUGAUCUCGCCGGCUUAUUUCAAGACGAUCAAAACGUUCGCGCCCAAAUCAUUUCUCAAAUUUCCAUGGCUUGUCGUGAAUGGGGAUUCUUCCAAAUUCUGAACCACGGCGUCCGCCCUGAACUGAUGGACCAAGCUCGUGAAGGUUGGCGCCAGUUUUUUCAUGCGCCCAUGGAGGUUAAACAAGCUUAUGCCAACUCACCAAAAACUUACGAAGGCUAUGGCAGCCGUUUGGGUGUGGAGAAAGGAGCCAUUCUUGACUGGAGUGAUUACUAUUUCCUUCAUUAUCGCCCUACGAAUUUAAAAGAUUUUAACAAGUGGCCUCCCUAUCCACCUUCUAUCAGGGAAGUGAUUGAUGAGUACUGCAAAGAGUUGGUGGAAUUAUGUGGGAGAUUAAUGAAGAUUCUAUCAUUAGAGCUUGGAUUAAGAGAAGAUCAUCUUCAAAAUGCAUUCGGAGGUGAAAAUAUUGGAGCUUGUUUGAGGGUUAAUUUCUAUCCCAAAUGUCCACAACCCGACUUGACUCUUGGGUUAUCGUCUCAUUCGGAUCCUGGAGGGUUGACGAUGCUGUUGCCCGAUGAUCAAGUUGCGGGUCUUCAGGUCCGAAAAGGAGAUAAUUGGAUCACUGUGAAGCCUGCUAAACAUGCGUUUAUCGUCAACAUUGGUGAUCAAGUUCAGGUUUUGAGCAAUGCAAAUUACAAGAGUGUGGAGCAUAGAGUGAUAGUAAACCCCAAUCAAGAAGGGUAUCUCUUGCUUCUUUUACAAUCCCAAAGUGAUAUACCAAUUGAACCAGUGAAGGAACUUAUAACGACGGACAAACCCGCACUGUAUCCUCCCAUGACAUUUGAUGAAUACAGACUUUUCAUAAGAUUGAGAGGUCCCGUGGCAAAUCCCAAGUCGAUUCUAUGAAAUCUCCAAAAUGUUAUUAAUAUUCCUAUAUUGUUAAAAUCUAAUUAGCUUUAGUUUUUUUUUUUUCUUAAUC